AUGGGACAUUCAUCUCAAGCCGAUAUAUCAUCAUUGUCUAGAAUAUUCAUUGUUUUGGUAUUUGCUUAUAAGUCACAACUCAAAAGACAUUCCUUAUAUUAUUGUUUAUUACGUGUACAUGUAUUCCGAACAACAUUCUUUACUUCAUUGGUAGUAUCAAAUUCUACAAAGACAACAUUUGAUCUUGGUAAAUUCUCCAAUGAAUACUUUACCAUUCUCGAUGAUGUUGGUUGUAUUACAUUUUUCUUUACAUUUUGUUUAUUAAUAUUAUUUUGGAUUGAAAUUGUUUAUCAUGCAAGAAACAAGUUGGAUUUCUAUAAGAAAGUGAUCAAACCAGUAUUUUUCGCUUCGGUAGCAUUGAUUUAUAUCAUUCAAAUUGUAAUUUGGAUUAUUAUUGGAGUAGCACCAAUCAAUCGUGACACUAUGGAUAAUGUCGAUAACACUUAUUAUGCUGUCAUUUCCUUUAUUGCUGCUGUUGGAUUUUUAUAUUAUGGAGUUAAAUUAUCGAUCAAAUUGAAAAAGAAUCCAAUCAAUUCACCUGGAAAAAAGAGAAAAUUAAUCGAAGUUGUAUCUUUUACUAUUUUAUGUACAUUUUGUUUCCUUAGUAGAUCAAUAUUAUUUGUUAUUAUUAGUUAUUUUAAAAAUUUCAAGGUAACCCUUAAACAAUCAACAACAAAAAAAACAAUGGUAAAUGAUAUAUCAAUUUCAAUUUAUUAUGGUGUUAGUGAAAUUAUACCAUCCAUAUUUGUAAUUAUAUUAUUUAGAAAGAUGCCACCCAAACCUGCAUUGACACCAACUUAUCGUGUCAACGUAGGUAGAUAUUCAACCAUCAAACCAGAUUAUUUCCCAAAUGAUGAAGAAGCAAUCAAUUCUAUUAAUAAUAACAAUCCCAACAACCAAAACAACAACCACCAAAACAACAACAACAAUAUUAUUUUAAUUUAA